AUGCCCACAACCGAAAGUCCAAGUGUCAUUACAAAUUUUCCCAAUAUCUCUUCAUGUGCGACAUGGAGUGAAAGAGGUGUAAUCAUUAGCGGCAAUGUAACCAUAUUUAUGACAGAUGGAUCUAUCGAUUUAUCAUUACUUAAUAGUCCUCAAGGAAUAUUUGUUGAUUUGAAUGAAAACGAUUCAUUGUACGUAGCAGAUAGGGGAAACAAACGUAUUUUAAAAUUUAAGCAAGGUAGUAUAAAGGGAGAAGUGGUUGUUGCGGAAUCCGAUAACAGUGUUUUUGAUCCAACUAAUGUUUAUGUCGAUAAUGAAAAAAAUGUGUAUAUUGGAGAUGAAGCUAGUGGUAAUAUUGUGAAAUUAGUUUCAAACACAAAUGGUAGUGCGAGAGUAGCUGGUGGUAGCCAUAAGGGUGAUGGCUUGAAUCAAUUAGACGGUGUCGGCAUUUUUAUCAUGGAUCAAAAUAAAAAUUUGUACAUAGCGGAUAGCCAUAAUCAUCGAAUUGUUAAAUGGGAACCAAAUGCACAAAGUGGAAUUCUGAUUGCUGGUGUAAGUGGAGAGAAUGGAGACGAUUCACACCAUCUACACAAUCCACAAGGAAUAUUUGUUGAUUCGUUGAACGAUGCUCUGUAUGUUGCUGAUAGUGGAAAUCAUCGUAUUCAAAAAUAUCAUCCAGUUGGUAGUAACAUGACUGCUGAAACUGUAGCUGGAAAUGGUACACACGGUAAUAGUCUAUUUCAAUUGAAUAAGCCAGUGGCUGUCAUUGUUGAUGGCAAUGAAAAUAUUUAUGUGGCUGAAAUGGAUAAUCAUCGAAUAGUUAAAUGGAUGGCACAAAACUAUACAGCUGGUGGUACAUGUAUUGCCGGUUGUUCUAAAUGGGGGGGAAGCGAUUUACAGUUUAAUCGUAUCCAAAAAUUUGAGAUAAUACGUAACAAAUGUGAUUAA